UUGCAUUCAUCCACUAGGAUCGUGCGAAUGAUUGCGAAUCAAAUUGUUGUUUGAGUUCUGGAGCCAUUUCGAAUUUAUUUUAUAAGCAUAUUAUCAAUUCAAUGUAUGGUUAAAUGCUUGAGUUCCAAACUACCCAAAAUCAACUAUUUAGGUUUUUUCUCCGGAUUAGGUAGAAAAUACCUUAUUUUGGCUGAAAAUUUCUUUCAGUGCAUUUGGCUUUGCCAUUUAACAUCGACGCCAUUAUUGUUUCAACCCUCAGCCCGUGCGCAUGUAAAAAGUCUCUCCGCGAAAUUAAUUAAAAGAAAAAAAUUGUUCGGUGGAUUGUGGCAUCGGAGUGGACCGUAAUUGUGGAGUUUGUGCCAGUUGUGUUCCGUAGUUGCUGUUGGUGUGCGAAUUCGUCGGGUUUGUCAUCUUUGCUUGGCAGGCGUCAGGGUUCCGGUCGUGUUGCUGCUGACGGAUUUCUUUUCUAAUACCGAAUCAGAGCUUGUGGUGCUGCUGUGCAGCUUCUUCAUUCCUGCUGCGAGUCCGGGCAGAAUCGGGUUGUGCCAUUUCUGUUCGGCAGUUUGCUGUUGUGCGGGUUCGUCGGGUUUGCCAUCGUGGGGCUGCUGAGCGGUAGCUAUUCGUCCGUGCUACGAGUCCGGCCAGACGUCGGGGUUCCGGUCGUGUUGCUGCUGCCGGGCUGCUGUGCGGCCUCGUUUCUGGUGUUAGUCCAGGAAAAACCCCAGCUGCUCCCCAUUUAACAUCUGGUUGUUGGGACAUUUGUGUUCGGCAGUUUGCUGUAGUGCAGAUUCGUCGGGUUUCCAUCAUUGUGGGGCUGCUGGGCGGUAGCUAUUCAUCCCUGCUACGUCUCCGACCAGGCGUCCGGAUUUCGGUCUUGUUGUUGGAGCUGGACGUGUUGCGACGAUACGGAAACUGAAGAAGCUCAUUAUUCAUCCUGAAACAUUGGACUGGUCCGAGUAUAGCUAGUACAGCUUCAUCUGCCCCCACCUCACCAUUGAUCCCCUAAUUGUCACCGUGAAAUAGUACCAACCCUUUAAACAACCGAGUAUCACCGAGCGAUAUGGAACGUCUUUCGAAGAAGCUGGAUAGUGGUACCUACGCAAAGCUUACAGGUCACCUCGUUAAUAACAUAUCGCUAUGGGAUUUGAGUACAGACGAUCUCGCCAUGAUGGAUAUAACCGAAGUGGGCCCCCGUAGGAUCAUACUUAACUUCAUUGAACGAAACCGAGAGUCAGCUUUAAACCAGGAUGAGAAUAUUGUUGAUAACGGACAACAAAACGAGUCCCUUCAUGAGCCACGAAAAGAAUCAAUUCGAUCCGUCCUGGAAAAAUAUGGAAAAUUUCAAAAGACUCUGACCAAACAACUUGACUGCGGAAUAGUUCCAGAUCCCAAGAAGCUGCUUCAGAUGAAUCGCAUUCUUACCGAACAUUUUUUCGGCGACAUGAUGUUCCAUGGAAAAAGAUAUCCCACGUGGCAAGAAAAGCAACAAUUGGCUGUACAAAUCUUGGAAGAAUUUCCCCAUUUGGAGCAGACUCGUGUUUCGGAAAAUGCACCUGUUGAGUCGUACUUUUUUUGGGUUCAUGAUGGAUUGAACACAGGAUGCCACACAGGUUUGAUCGAAACAAGAGUAGCAAACAUGCGCAAAGACGUUUCACCCGAGGAUCGUAAGUUUCGUCGAGCAAAGAUAAAGAGCAUUGUUGUCACCGAGGAUCAAGUUAGUACCGCUGCGCAUAUUUCUGCGCUAAAUCCAACUCCCGGAAAUGCCAAGAUUAUUGCUGAUGGUAUGGCACAGGCUCACGACUUACAUGAAUCGCUCUUACAAAAAAAGGACGAAAAUCGACUCCACAGCAUCAUCGACACGUUUCCGCACUUCCUCUCCUUUGAGGGUGAGAUGAUCAUUCAGGCUUUUGAUCGGCUUCACGAACAUCCGAAUAAUGGACCGUCUUUGAGCGCGCUUCUUCGUUUAGGGCUAUUAUGUGACAAAACUAGCUGGUCGCAAGUCGAAGAUGAUGUGCUCAGAGGUACGCUGAGGCUGAUGAAAGCGCUCUCCAACAAAGGAGUGAAAAGAACAUCCAGCCUGCAAAAUGCCAGCCUUGGAGAACUGGCUGCUGAACCCCUAAUAAGAUGGAUCCCGUUUACCGCACGAGAACCCGGAUUCGAUGAGCUGUUGGCUGUGAAGGAGAUUCAACCCGCUGGGGAUCCCCACAUCAUCUGUGCAGCCGAACACUUCAAGAAGGGGAACUACUACAUAGCACUCGACAAAACUAUCAUACCAUGUGGUAACUCGGCAGUUAGAGCCAUAGAGAUUUUGUUCAAGUCGUUCGAUAUUUUUGGUGUUAAAGCACCGGUGCUAUUAAGGAAACUGGAUGCGAUGAUCGCCUCCAAUGUUUGGCGAUCAAAAACGAGCAGUAAAUUCAAAUCUGUAAUAGAUUUGAGCCUGCGAUUCCAAGAAUUUUUAAAAAAUCCUGAGGAUUGAAAAGUCCUUAAAAUUUUCGUUAUUGCAACUUUAAGGCGCAAAAGAAAAUGGCACAAACGUCAUAACUGAAAAAGCAGUUUUCUCCUUUUAAAACAACAAAUUGAUGAA